CGUGCAGUGAUCGCUCCUGAAAUGAUUCAUCUUGGAUUAAUGACGGGUGAUUUUUCCGAGUAUGGUGAGUGUCGCCUAGCGCUGUGUGAAGCAAGUCUUAUACCUCCUGUCUUCAUGACUUAUGGUUACCCCAAAAACUCUCCUCUUCAAGUCAGAUUUGAUAUCAUGCUUCUUCGGGUGGUCCAGUCCGGCAUAGCGGAUCAUUUGAUAUCGAGCAACUUGUGGAACUCGACGUGGUGCAUGAAACCUUCGAAUACCCUCAGCGAAUCACGGCCACUUGUCGUCACAGAUUUUCUUGGACUUUUUAGCAUCUACGGAAUAGGCAUGGCAUUCUCCGUACUGGUGUUCAUUAUCGAAGUAGCAACGGGACGUGAGGCAAAAAGCAAAAUAAAUACAUGAGGAGACUCAAUUUCUUGACAGUUUACGGACCAAGACCUGGACUCUCUUUACACCGCGCUUGGAACGCUUCAUAUUUACAUCUACGACAUCUAAGCUUCCUGAGACUAAUAAAAUCUGAUGCAUUGGGUUCUACAAACUGUUUGAAUAUGUCAGUUCAAUGAACCAAUUUUUUAAUGAUUAUUCAGGAACUAUUGACACACCUUAUU